UUCCCGGAGCCUCACGCUCUUCCUGGAUACUGAGGCGCGCGGGACCGCGUCCAGAGCAUAGCAUCAACAACCCGAGGCCACGUCGCGAGGGCGGGCUAGGGGCCGCAGGGCCAGAUCAGGGCCUCCCCUUAUAGGGACAGCUCAGCUCAACGCCCCUGUGUACACCCUCCAGGGAAAGGGGCUCCCAGUCAUCAGCCUAGCAAGCUUACGCGCAGCCUGUGUUUAGGGGCAUGCUUGCAAGGCCCUGCCAGCGUUCGGGAACAUGGAGGAGUUCCGGCGCUCCUACAGCCGCCUGUGCAAGGAGAGUGGGGCUGAGCCCCAGGAGGCUGUCCUGCAGCAACUGCACCAGCUUCCGCGGGGCCGACUGGACCUGGCUACUCAGAGCCUGACGGUGGACACCUGCAGGGCCCUGGGCAAGCUGCUGCAUGACGAGUCGCUGUUGAAGGAACUUGUCCUCAGCGACUGCAUGCUGAGCGAGGAAGGGUCCACACUGCUGUUCCAAGGGCUGUGUGCCAACACCACUGUGCAGCGUCUGGACCUAAAGGGCAACAACCUCCGAGCUGCGGGAGCCGGGGCUCUGGGAAAGCUUCUCCGACAGAACAAGUCCAUUCAGAGUCUCACCCUAGAGUGGAACAACCUUGGCAUGUGGGACAAUGCCUUUGCCACCUUCUGUGGGGGCCUAGCAGCCAACAGCACCCUGCGGCAGCUGGACCUCCGGAACAACCAGAUCAGUCACAAGGGGGCAGAGGAACUGGCCUUGGCCCUGAAGGGAAACACCACUCUCCAGCAGCUGGACCUGCGCUGGAAUAACAUCGGUCUCCUGGGGGGCCGGGCCCUGGUGAACUGUCUCCCCAGCAACAGAACCCUGUGGAGGCUGGACCUGGCUGGGAACAACAUCCCCGGCGACGUCCUGAGAGCUGUGGAGCAAGCCAUGGACCACAACCAGGACCGGCUCACUGCCUUUCGGGAAAACAAAGCCCGCACCAACAUCCUUAGCAAGGAGGUUCAACACCUCCAGGAAGAGAAGUCCAAGCAGUUUCUGGAUCUGAUGGAGACGAUCGAUAAGCAACGAGAAGAGAUGGCCAGGAACAGCAGGGCAUCAGCAGCACGAAUUGGGCAGCUUCAGGAAGCCCUCAACGAGAGACAAUCCAUCAUCAAUGCCCUCAAAGCCAAGCUGCAGAUGACAGAGGCUGCGCUGGCUCUGUCAGAGCAGAAGGCCCAGGACCUGGGGGAACUGCUGACCACAGCGGAACAGGAACGACAGAGCCUGUCGCAGAGACAGGAGAAGGAGCGGAAGCUGGAGCAGCAGGAAGCUGCAGAUCGGGAAUCUAAGCUCCUCAGAGACCUGUCUGCCGCCAAUGAGAAGAACCUGCUGCUUAGAAGCCAGGUGGAUGAGCUGGAGCGGAAGGUGAAGUCUCAGCAGGAACAACUGUUCCUGACCAGGCAGGAGCUGACUAACACAUCAGCUGAGCUGAAGAUCCGUGCUAUUCAGGCUGAAGAGCGCUUGGAUGCGGAGAAGCGGAGAGCCAAACAGAAUAUUGAAGACUUGGAGAAGCUGCACUCGAAGGAGGUGAAUCACAUGACCCGUCAUCUGGAGGAGAGCGAGAGGGCCAUGCAGGAGAGGAUACAGAGACUAGAGGCGAUGCGGCUGUCCCUCGAAGAGGAGCUGAGCCGCUCGAAGGCAGCGGUGCUCACUGAGCGUGGCCAAGCCGAGGAGGAGCUCAUCAAAGCCAGGAACCAAGCCCGCUUGGAGGAGCAACACCGCCUCGCUCAUCUGGAGGAGAAGAUUCGGCUCCUGGCACAGGCAAGGGACGAGGCUCAGGGUACCUGCCUGCAGCAGAAGCAGAUGGUAGCUGAGUCCCAGGCACGGGCCAGCCAGCUGAACCUGCAAAUGGAGGGGCAGCAGCGGCGCCUGGAAGAGCUGCAACAGGAGCUGAGCAACAAGGAGCAAGAGAAAGCGGCUGAGGUGACCAGGGUCAGAGUGGAGCUGCAGGAGCAGAUGGGCCGUCUGCAGGCUGACCUGGUGGCCCAGGAGGCGCUAAGGGAGAAAGUGGCCGCCCUGGAACGGCAGCUGAAAGCGGUCGGGAGUGAACACCGGGAGGCGCUGCUGGACAGAGAGAGUGAGAAUGCCUCUCUCCGAGAAAAGCUACGGCUCAAAGAGGCAGAGAUCGCACGCAUCCGGGAUGAAGAGGCCCAGAGGGCAAGCUUCCUGCAAAACGCUGUCCUGGCUUACGUGCAAGGGUCUCCCCUGAGAGCCCUGAGUCCCCCGAAGUGAAGGGAGGCCGGGAGGCCCGGAGCGAGUGCAAAAAUGCUGCAUCCCAUUCUCAAAGGCAGGCCUGGGGUUCAGAAGCCUUAGCUGCAGUGUCAGGGUGGGAUUCUGCCAUCACUGGUGCUCACGGGCACACUUGCCCAUCCAAGGGAGUUCACCCGCAGCUCACCGCUAGCAUAGGCGAGAGGAAGUGUGCAGAAACGCUCUCAGAUGACCCAGUCCCAGAAUCACAAACGGGGACAGGACUGUGGUAGGAGGGAACAGAAGCCCCCACGGCAGGGUGGAAAUACAGGACUUUUGUACUUGGUAACACA